UUUGGAGGGAAGGGGGAGGACAUAUGGAUUCCUGAAGGUUGGAGGAGUUGGAAGGGGUAGAGGUGUGGGUGGUUCUAAAUCCUAAGUAGGAACAGAAACUAUGCUGCCUGAAGUGAGGAUCAUAGGAUUUGAGUUAAAAGGGACUUUUUAGAUCAUCUAGUCCAAUCCCUUCAUUUUAUAAAUGAAGCCAUAAAGGAUUGUGACUUUCUAGAGUCAUGUAGUAAAUAAAUGGCAGGUCUUCCAAUUCUAAGUCCAGAGCACUUUCCAUUACAUAAAACCCAAACUAUGAAACAGAAAUUAAGCCUCUGACCAAGAUACAAAACUUUGCUUCAUUUACCUAGUAAGCUUCAUUUUCUACCUGGAAGGGGAAAUCCCUUGGACUAGGUGGGGCAGAGACUUCCUUCUGGCCACUCAUAGUACAUGCAUUAGAUAUGGAGCACAGGGAGAAAUUUUUUUGGUAUAGAAUAGAGAUAGGAUGAGGUGAGGUGAAGUGGGAUGGGGGGAAUCAAAUCAGUAAACAAGCCAACCUAGGAAUACACUUGGGAAGACUGAUCACCUUGUCCAGUGGAGGGAAAUUUUGGUUAAGCUAUUUCAAUGUUGUUUCUUUCUGGUAAUCUCAUAUAAGAACUUUUCUCUGGAAACAGGAAGUCAAUUGCUUGCCAAGUUCAGCACAGGGAGUAACAGGACAUGUUCUAACACACCCUGGUCCUAGCCAUAACCCCAGAGCUUGGGCCAGUUUAUUGCUCUUAAGUUCUGACCUUCCCCCUCUGCCUGCUAUUCACCUUCCCAACCCAAAAUUUAAAUUUAUCCCCACCUAAUCUCUUCCCUUGGCCCAUAAAAGUUGUUUUCCCCAUUGCUUAAACAAGGGAUUCCAUCUAUCCAUAAAACUCUUUUCUAAGUUUCCCUCCCCCAUCUCUAGGCUGCUCCCACCCUCUUCAGUCUGUCCCUCCCCCUUCAGUCCACUUUCCCUGGGUAUUGCUGUAUGAUGUGUCUCUUGGCAGCCAACCUUCCAUUGCCUGGGAGACUGAAACCCAUUCUUUCUCUUGGAGUUGUGAAUGAGGUGGAGGGGGAAGUUUGAUCUUAAGGUGAUCAGGAGAUCCAAUUUUGGGGGCACCUGAGAAAUAGGACGAUAUUUCUUUUCCUCCUCCCUCUUUUCUCAAGUUCCCUUUUACUUUUCUCUUGCGUAACUUUCUUCCUCCUUUCUAUCUCUCCCAUUCCUCACCCUCCCCCCACUCCGUUACCCUCUAUUGUGACACACAGCUGCUGGCAGGGUCCUCAGGCUAGUCAUGUCUCCUUUACUAUCUCCCAAGCCCCUCCCUGGGGGUCCAAGCCGAGACCCAGCAUUCUUGGUUUCCCUUUGGUUGAGUUGGGGGACAGCUUUAGGGGUAGCAGCCUGUGCAGUGGCACUACUAACUCAGCAAGCAGAGCUCCAGACCCUGAGGGGAGAGGUGGCCCAGCUGAAAGGGAAUGGAGGGUCUCAUCAGAAGGGAGAUAGGCAUCCUUUGCUGAUCCUCCACAAACAGGGCACUGAUGAAAUGGAAGCUUUGAAGGAUGAGGAAAUAACUAGAAGGAAGAGAGAAGUCCUCACCCAAGAACAUCAGUACAAGAGAAAACGUUCAGUUUUGCACCUUAUUCCUAUUAACAGUACUUCCAGAGAGGAUUCUGAUGUGACAGAGAUAAUGUGGGAACCAGCACUGAGGCAUGGUGGAGGUCUGGAACCACAAGGACAUGUUGUUGGAGUCCGGGAAACUGGAAUGUAUCUCCUGUACAGCCAGGUAUUGUUUCAUGAUGUAACUUUCACCAUGGGCCAGGUGGUUUAUCGGGAGGGGCAAGGAAGAGAGAUCCUAUCCCGAUGUGUCUGUAGCAUGCCCUCCAAUCUCCACCAAGCCUAUAACAGCUGCUAUACUGCAGGUUACUUGAAGAUGAAAGAGACCUUCCAAGGGAAUCGGCCCUGGAGGCCAGCUAACCCUGGAACAUCCCCCAUCUUUCCAUCUCCCCGUCGAGAGCGCCUUCGUUGGCCUCCCCCUCCUAAACCACUGCUAAAGUCAGGUGGGGGGUUUGGUCCAGACAAAGGGACUGGGACCACAGUUCCUGCCCAUCGACUCCCUACCCCUCGCCCCUCUUUUGAUGCUUCAGCCAGUGAAGAAGAUGAUGAGGAGGAUGAAGAAGAGGAGGAGGAAGAGGAGGUGGUGGCCUGGGGACUUCCCUCAGGCUGGGGCCAGCUAGGAACACCUCAGCAUCCCCGUCCUUCCCGUCCUCCACCCCGUAGAGCUUGUUCUCAGCGGCGCCGUCGAGCUAUGAGAGCUUUUCGAAUGCUGCUGUACUCUAAAAGCUCCUCCUUGACAUUCCACUGGAAGCUGUGGGGUCGACUGAGGGGUCGGCGGCGGGGUCCUCCACAUCCUAAGAACCUUCUCCUUCCCCGGGAAGGAGGAGUAGCCCCUCCUACCACAUCCCCCAGCUGCAGGCUUGACUCACCAAGGGGACCUCCUCAAGCUGGGCUGGGGCUUUUAGGGGCAUUGAUGGCUGAAGAAGGGGUUAGGGGAUCUCCCACAUUGCCCAGUGGGUCAUCUCAGGAGGAAGAUGGACAUGAGUGGACCCAGAGGUCCCCCCAGCCUUUGGAAGUUGAUGCAGGUCUCCUUCCAUGCUCUCUUCCUAAUGGCUUUGGGGGAACAUCUGGACUGGAUGGAGAAAUGGGUCUGGCACCUCCCGAUGCUAGCAUCCUUAUCAGUAAUGUAUGCAGUAUUGGAGACCGGACUGCCCAAGAACUGUUUCAAGGAGCUGAAGUAGGAGCUGCCGAGGAGCAGGAGCAUCCAGGAGAAAAGGCUGGACCGCAUAGCCCCCUUGGGGAGGAGCAUGUAACAUGUGUACAGAGCAUCUUAGAUGAAUUCCUUCAGACCUAUGGCAGCCUCAUUCCUCUUAGCACAGAUGAAGUGGUAGAGAAACUAGAAGAUAUUUUCCAGCAAGAGUUCUCCACACCUUCUAGAAAAGGGUUAGUUCAGCAGCUGAUCCAGUCAUACCAGCGUAUGCCAGGCAAUGCUAUGGUGAGAGGCUUUCGUGUGGCCUAUAAGCGGCAUGUGCUGACCAUGGAUGACCUGGGGACCUUGUACGGGCAGAACUGGCUUAAUGACCAGGUGAUGAAUAUGUAUGGAGACCUAGUAAUGGACACUGUCCCAGAGAAGGUUCAUUUCUUCAACAGUUUUUUCUAUGACAAACUCCGUACCAAGGGUUAUGAUGGAGUAAAAAGGUGGACCAAAAAUGUGGAUAUCUUCAAUAAGGAACUCCUACUGAUCCCUAUCCACUUGGAAGUACACUGGUCACUCAUUUCUGUGGAUGUGAGGCAGCGGACCAUCACUUAUUUUGAUUCACAGCGUACCCUCAACCGAAGAUGUCCCAAGCAUAUUGCUAAGUACCUACAGGCUGAGGCAAUAAAGAAGGAUCGAUUAGAUUUCCACCAGGGAUGGAAGGGUUAUUUCAAAAUGAAUGUGGCCAGACAAAAUAAUGACAGUGACUGUGGUGCCUUUGUAUUGCAGUAUUGCAAGUACCUGGCCCUGUCUCAGCCCUUCAGCUUCACACAGCAAGACAUGCCCAAACUUCGUCGGCAGAUCUACAAAGAACUGUGUCACUGCAAACUCACUGUGUGAGCCUUGGAUGCCAGGCCCCCAACCCUAUGUGAAGGCUGAAGAACAUCUUUACCCUCUCUGACCUCCAAAAACCUAUUCCUUUUUCUCCCUAGACCCAGUGACUUUCUCAUAUAUUUGUUUGUUUUUCAUAUUUAAAUGUUUCCCUUGGUUUCUGGUUUUUUUUUUUUUUUUAAAUCCCUAUUGAUUUGUGGGGGGGUAGGAUUGGCACUGAGAACCCCUUUUCCUUUCUCUAUCCUGAAGGGAGUGUGGUAAGAGGGUGUUAAUGAGCACUUCCCUUUCCAUAUUUAUGGAACUUGGUGGAAGUUUUUUUUUGUAUGGGGAUGGGUAGGGGUGGGGGGGGUCAGGGUAGUGGGUUAAGGGAUUCCUGUAUGCCAUGCCAUCAAAUUUUGCCUGUUUGUUUAUCUACAUAUAUAUAUAGAUAGAUGGAUGUGUGUGUGGGUGUGUGUGUGUAUGUGUGUAUGUGUGUAAAUAUAUAUGUAUGUAUAUAAACAGUCAGUGAUCCUACUGUGGUCAAUAAAGGAUCCUUUGGAGAUUGUG